AUAGAAAAUAAAAAAUGUAUACAUAUUUCAUUUAUGUAUUACUUUAAUUAUUUAUGUUUAGUCUUCUUUGUUUUGUGAGCUUGUGUCGGUUCAGUUUUCAUUUGUACAUUUUUUUAAAUGUUCAAACUUUUAAACAGUUUUAGGAAACCAUUUUAUUUUUAUUGUGCCUUUUUUUCCCUUCAAAUGCUAAAAGCCGGAGCACGUCCUCGUUUUUAUUAUAUAGUUUGAUCAAAUCAACCAAAAUUUACGCCCCAUUCUCUGACAAAAACAAAUAAAUGAAUAAAUAAAAAAACAUCAAUCAGAUACUCGUUUUUCAGUUUGGCUUCCUGAGMUAAAAGUGUCAUUUUGACUUAUUCAAUUCUUGUCAGUAGAUCUAAUCUUUGGCAUCGCGUCUCUCAGCGCUGACACUCCUCAUUGGCUUUCCCCUCUCGCUGCCGCUGCCCAUUCCUCUUCCGGGUAAGGUGCUCCACUGCAGGUGAUGUUGAUCUAUCCGCCUGUCGCCCAUGGAAACGGCGCAGCGUAAUCCCGCUGCAGGACUUGAAGCAYAAACAAGCAAACUCCGCUGCUGCUGCAUUGGUGCGCGCUGAGGUCUGGAGACUCGUCGCUGCUCAAAUUAAACAACAAUCCUGUCGGCUGUUUGUGAGUGUGUGAGUGUGUAUGUGAACGAGAGAGCGUGCGCGCGGGCGCGUGUGUGUGGACAACGGCUUAAUGUAAACCAUGCGUAAUGGAUGGACAUGGUGAGCGCAGUUCUCCUAAAGAGGCUCCUAACAAUGCGGAGAUGCUCCUCGCUCUGCUGGCGCACAGUGAGGAGUUACGCAGAGAGAUCCCGGUGUGCGCAGGCUGCAGCCAGCACAUCGUAGACCGCUUCAUCCUGAAGGUGCUGGACCGCCACUGGCACAGCAAGUGUCUGAAAUGCAGYGACUGUCAGGCGCAGCUGGCGGACAAGUGCUUCAGCCGGGGGGACAACGUCUACUGCAAGGAGGACUUCUUCAAGAGAUUCGGGACCAAGUGCGCGACUUGUCAGCAGGGCAUCCCGCCCACGCAGGUGGUGAGGAGAGCGCAGGACUUCGUCUAUCACCUGCACUGCUUCGCCUGCGUCGUGUGCAAGAGGCAGCUGGCCACGGGGGACGAGUACUACCUGAUGGAGGACAGCAGGCUGGUCUGCAAGGCCGACUACGAGACCGCGAAACAGAGAGAAGCAGACUCGACUGCAAAAAGGCCCCGAACCACCAUCACAGCCAAGCAGCUGGAAACACUAAAGAAUGCUUACAAUAACUCCCCGAAACCGGCACGUCAUGUCCGAGAGCAGCUCUCCUCAGAGACAGGCCUGGACAUGCGGGUUGUGCAGGUUUGGUUUCAGAACCGGCGAGCGAAAGAAAAAAGGCUGAAGAAAGACGCCGGGAGGCAGAGAUGGGGGCAGUAUUUCCGCAACAUGAAGCGGUCCAGAGGAAGCUCUAAAUCUGAUAAGGACAGCAUCCAGGAGGAGGGCAUGGACAGCGAUGCUGAGGUGUCCAUCACAGAUGAGCCUCCCAUGUCAGAGSUGGGCCACACCAACAGCAUCUACAGCAGCCUGAGUGAGUCCUCGCCAGCCAUGGGGGGCCGUCAAGGAGGCAACAACCAUAGCUCCUUCCCACUGGAACACGGCGGGCUUCCCUCCCAAGACCAGUUUCAUGAUAUACGGUCCAGCAGCCCCUACGGCCUCCCCCAGUCGCCUGGGUCGCUUCAGGCGCUCCCGAGACAUCAGCCUCUCAUCUCCAGCCUCUUCUACCCAGACUCGGGCCUUUCCAUCAUGACCCAGAGCGGCGGACCAGGUCUCAACCCCGCUGUAAGGGGUUCCCUUGGCGCRGCCAAUGGCCCCAGCUCAGACGUAUCCACUGGCAGCAGCGGUGGGUACCCAGAUUUCCCUGCUAGUCCUGCAUCCUGGUUAGAUGAAGUGGACCAUGGACAGUUUUGAUUGGUUCCAAGAACUCGUUUCUUUACUUUCUUCUCAGUGUCUUCUGUUGGGUUCAAGAAAUGCAAACUAGAUACAAAGCUCUGCAAUUGAA